UACUGAAACUACUGCCUUCAGAUCCUCCUCUGCUGUUCCUAAAGUUGAUCUUGUUGAGGCCACGGUAAACAGCAUGGCCAGAGCUGAGGAUGAAUCACUGCUGGAUCAGUUUAAAGAGAGCCACUCUCUGAACCAGCCAGCUGCAGUAAAGGCUCAGCUGAACACUGUCCUCGAAAUCCACAUAAAGGAAGCGGUGGAGAAGGUCUGCAGGCUCUUUAGUGACAAUUCAGCAGUUUUACAUCUGCCUUUAACUGAGAAUCAGACUACACAGGAUAACCUCAAGAUGGAACCAAAGCUGGAGAUGAGUCAUGAAUCUGUGACUAGUAGCAUGCGAGGAUCUCCUGAGGAGAUCAUAGCUGUUGGCCCUCCGAGUUGGAAAGAAGAAAAUAGUGGAGAUCUUGACCAACCUGAGUCACUUGAUGCUUUCCUCUCAACAGCACAGCAGUCAAACAUGAUGGGUAGUCUGAUGCUCAUUAAAGAAGAAGAAAUUCCUGAACAGAUCCAGGAGAAUGCUAUGGACAAGGAAACAUUGCAGAUCAAGGAAGAAGAACAAAUGAUGGAACUCAUUAAUCCAGGACUGGUUGAUAUUUGUAUUGUAACGGUAGGGACAGAAGUGAAUGCAGUUACAGAUUUACCCAACGUAAGAGAGGUGGGGUGCAUAAAGACACAGAGAAUCUGCUGUAAGAUCUGCAAAAGAACCUUCAGCAAGCUGCUUCAUCUCAAAGCUCACAUGGCUCUCCAUGCCGCUGUAAGCUGUCUACAGUCUAAUAAGAGUUUCGUUAAGAAACGUGGAUUGAAUGCACAUCAGACAUUAAGAAAAAAGAGUGGAAAGAGGAACGAGUGGAAAGAGGGCUUUAGCUGUGAGAAAUGUGGAAAGAAGUACGUAUUUCAGAAAGCUCUAGAACGUCAUCAGCUGACAGGUUGUGAAAAGAAAAAGGAGCUGCGUCGCUGCCAAACGUGCGGCAAGAGCUUCAUUGACCUGGAGAGUCAUGAACGCAUCCAUUUGCAAGUGAAGCCAUUCCUUUGCGGCGUAUGUGGAAGAGGCUUCACUCUAGAGUACGUCCUGAAAGCACACCAGCGGCUCCAUACAGGCGAGAAGCCGUACCAGUGCAAAUUAUGUGGCAAACGCUUCACUCAGUCAAGUACGCUUUUAAUCCACAAGGGGACACAUACGGAUGAAAAGCCAUGGAGUUGCGAGCUCUGUGACAAGACCUUUAAACGGCGGGCCAAUUUGAGGAAGCACCAGGUAGUUCACUCUGGAGAGAAGCCCCAUACAUGCGAGACCUGCGGGCAGAAGUUUAGACACCGGGAGAACCUGAGAAGGCACAUGCGUAAUCACCUGGGCAUAAGGCCGUACAAAUGUGAGACGUGCGGCAAGCGCUACAGUCAGAAGAGCUCGUUGAAGGAGCACAUGCCAGUGCACGGAGCGUCCAAGCCUUUCAUGUGUGAGAAAUGUGGCAAGACAUUUGUGUACAAUUACACACUCAGAAAUCACAUGCGAACACAUGAAGGUUCUGUCGAAGAGUCGGAGAAGAAACCCCAGCGCUGCGAUGUCUGCGGCAAGUGCUACAGCACCACUUAUACUCUGAAAAUGCACCAGAGGAUUCAUUCUGAAAGUGAUCCUCUCACCUGUAAGGUAUGCGGCAAGACCUUCAGCAGCACAGCAGGCCUUUACACACACGAGCAGCAGCACUCUGGGCUGAAUGCGUCCGAAUGUGUAAUAUGCAAAAAGACAUAUGUCAGCAAAGCCUCUCUGAAAGUGCACAUGCUCCUGCACAAUAAUGAGAAACCCUACAAAUGUUCCUUUUGUCCAAAGGCCUUCAACCUGGCCAACGGACUGAAGAUGCACAUGCUCGUUCACACCGGGGAGAAACCACACAAGUGCGACAUAUGUGGAAAUUCAUUCCGCUCCACCGGAAACUUAAGCAGACACAAACGCGUUCACACCGGAGAGAAGCCGUUCAGCUGUGAAAUCUGCGGAAAAAGCUUCAGCCAGCCUAAUAAUGUGAGGGCCCACAUGCAGAUUCACACUGGAGUCAAACCGUACAGCUGUCAGAAGUGUGGGAAGAAGUAUGCUUAUCUUAGGAAUUACAACGAUCACAAAUGUAUGUGAUGCAGUGCCUAGCCUUAGCCAUUUAAUAUGGUCUUGCUGUUUAAUGUGCUUUGAAGGUUUUUUUUAUAAACUUUUUUUCUAGUGUUACGAUUUAAACACUUGAAAUAGGCAAUGCCUUGUAGUUAUUUGAUAAAUGUAAUUUAGCCUCAGCAGACUGUUCAAAACUGUGUACAGAAUGAAGGUGAAUACAUUUUCUCAUAUAAAUAAUGAAUGAAUGUUUUUAAAAAAAGGGUUUUUACUCCCUACAUACUGUGCUCCAUAUAUUGUUACAUUUGCCUGAGACACAUUAAUAUCCAUUAACCCAGACAGAUUCAAGUUGUAAUUAUUGUGUAUAAAUACUACAAAGUUACAGGAAAAUGCCUAGUAAACCAUUUAACAUGUAAUAACAUUACAACAUUUACCAUAAACACGAUCUCUCUUGUAUUGACAUGUAAAAAAAAAAGGUCAACACUGCAUUGAAAAGAUUUAAUAAAGUGAAGAUUCAAGUGUAGAAAGA